UUAUAAAUUUUAAAAGUUUCAAUACAAAUAAAAAAAUGGAGAAAACAAUGUAUGGCAUAUCAGAAAUAAUGGAUUACUCGAAUAUAACCUCACUUAAUUAUGGAGAAAAAACGGAGUUUAUCGCUUACUUAGUUGAAAUUUUUUCCAUCAUCGUAAUUAUUGUGAAUUUUUUCGUAGUCUUUUCAAUUGGAAUAUUGCUACGAAGAGGUCAAGAGCCGCGGGCAACUUUCAAAUUCUUAUUAAAUAUUUCUUGUGCUGACAUGUUGCUUGGAAUUUCGAAAUUUUUUAUCAUGUUAUUUGGCCAUCAAUUUAAUAGUGAAUUCUUGUGCAGUUUCACUACAUGUUUGAGCUGUACUGCAUCAUUAACAUCAAUAUUUGGCAUCGCACUAAUCGCAAUUGAUCGUUAUCUCUACAUUGGUUAUGGCCUUCACUAUCACAGAUACAUUACACCUUUACGAACAAAUUGUAUGAUUCUCUCGACUUGGUUGUUGGGCACUUUUUUUGGCUCAUUUCCAGCUUUUGUUUGGCGAAGCCCAAUGAACAAUAAAAUUUGUUGGCUUGUAAUUUUAGUUCCACCGAAAGUUGCCUUAAUUCUGCCAUCAUUGGGAAUUAUUCCAUUGAUCAUCAUAUUGGUUUUGUACAGCAUUAUUUUGAAAAAUGCUUUGAACAGUAGAUCCCGGAUGGAUUGUAGUACAGUAUACAGCUCUAAUAAUCCCGACGGAAAUCUUCGCAUAUAUCGUGGGCAGACAGAAAUAACUUCCAAUUGUGUAAAUGAUAAUCCUCGAUCUAAAAUUCGUUCAUUUGGUUUACCCUGUUGUCGAAUAAACACCCUUGAAAUAACACCACUAUUUUGUGAAAAGAAAUGGAAGGCCGUGAAAAUUGUUGUCUUUACAGCAGGAGCAUACCUCGUUAUAUGGUUUAGCUAUUUUGUAAUCUUUACAUUUUAUGCAUUUUCCGAGGAGAACUGUGAAAAACUCUCAUAUGCGCUUGGUGUGCCAAUGUUAUUUCUUAGCUUAACCAAUAGUUUGUUGAAUCCUUUAAUUUAUGCCUGGUGGCAUCCUGGAUUUCGGAAAUCAGUUUUGAAAAUGUAUUCCAUGAUUAACAUUAAAGUUUGCCGGAAGAAAUCGCCAAUACCAGUACGGAAAAUUCAUCAAAGAUGCUCCAUUAAACAAAUUGGAGAAGAGAAGUAGUUUGACAAUAAGUAAGGAAUACAAUAAGUUAAUGGUCAAAAUUAAAAGUUUUUUGAACAAUUUUUUUAACUUAUUUUUAAAUACCUAAUAUGAAAAAACUU